ACAUUGUCUUCCUAGUUCUAGUCAUUUUGGUUUGAAAUAGGAAGGAAGGAGGCGAGCAGGUGAGGGGCGUUCUCUCUAAUGGGUCCCGCGCUCGACUUCCGGUAGCCCGAAGACACUAAUUUCGAAACGUGUUAUGCAAGGGCAUCUUUUCUGUUUCAACAACAGCUGUGCUAAGGUGGUAAGUAACAUCACUCAUUCUUUCAUUCACUUAUCGAGACUCUUGCUAAGCUCUGUGUUUUAAUUCUUGGGCUUCGAGUGAGCAUACUGGGCGGGGAGGGUGAUACUGGAACAGACUUAAUUAGAAAAAUAUAUAGCGUAUUAUUGAUAAGUGCUAUAGGAAAAGAUAAUUGGGCAGGUACUAGAGUGAAGGCAGUUUUAAAUAGAGUUAUCAGAGACUUGGACGUGAGGAAUAUAACUGUCCAGACGUCUGAGUCUAAGUGCUCCAGACAAAGAGAACACCCAGUGUCUAGACCCCAAGGCGGAAAUGUACCUGACUUGGAAGAGUUGCAGGGAGGCUUUUGAAGAAGAGUGAACAGGGAAAGUAGGAGAUUGAGGGGCUUGAGUCGGGUAGGUUCUCAUCGUUUCCAUAACCAGAUUUUUAUUACUUGGGGAUGCUAUUCGAGACUCUUUCUUUUAAAUAUGCAGUAGAAAUGAGCAUGUGUGAGUUAAGAGAGGAAAAUGAACUUAAUUUUCUCUUUUGGGAAUAGAGACACGUUUUCUAACUUCUGGUAAGACUGAGAAAUUAAGCAAUAGUACUUUCUGAAACGCUCAAGAAGAAAAAUGAUACUCCUGGAAGAAGAGAAGUGAGAAAGGAAGCCUCAGAGUAACCCCCCACCCGACAAGGGAAUAACAAAAAGAAUGCAAGUUACUGGAACAUCAGAUAAAACGCAAGCAAGGAGUAAUAUGGUUACCUCUGCACAUUUAGGAUCUAGAAACACAGAAGAUUGUUGUCUUUAGUGAAGAAAGGAAUUGUUUUUAACACUCUCUCUCAUAAUUAAAUUACAUAAGGGAACUGGUGGAGACUUUGUUUUGAAAAGUUGUUUUCUUACUAUUUUUCAAUAUAUAUUAAUGAUGUUGUCAGUGACACUGCAUACAGAUGUAGGUGAUAUUAAAAUAGAAGUUUUCUGUGAGAGAACACCCAAAACUUGUGAGAAUUUUUUGGCUCUUUGUGCCAGUAAUUACUACAAUGGCUGUAUAUUUCAUAGAAAUAUCAAGGGUUUCAUGGUUCAAACAGGAGAUCCGACAGGUACUGGAAGAGGAGGUAACAGUAUCUGGGGCAAGAAAUUUGAGGAUGAAUAUAGUGAAUAUCUUAAGCACAAUGUUAGAGGUGUUGUAUCUAUGGCUAAUAACGGGCCAAACACCAAUGGAUCUCAGUUCUUCAUCACCUAUGGCAAGCAGCCACAUUUGGACAUGAAAUACACAGUAUUUGGAAAGGUAAUAGAUGGUCUGGAGACUCUGGAUGAAUUGGAGAAGUUACCAGUAAAUGAGAAGACCUAUCGACCUCUUAAUGAUGUACACAUUAAGGACAUAACUAUUCAUGCCAAUCCAUUUGCACAAUAGCUAUAAUCUGGAAAAAUAUUUGGCAGACUAUUCAAGGAACACACCUAUUGUGCUUUACCCAGUUUUAACUAUGUUGAAAGAUUACAUCAUCCUUCUGCCUGUUUAUAGCUAAGAUCUUCUAUGAGUUGGUGGUACCGUGGGGGCCCAAACAGCUUUUAUUCCCAUUAUUAAAGCAUAUUUUUUACUAUAACUGUUAUCUAAUGUAUUUAAGUUUAAUUUUUUAAAAACUCUUCUAAUUUUUUGUUACAUAUAAACAUUCAUUUUUAAGUGCUGUCUCAAAUCCAGGCAUUUUUGAGCACUCUAAUUACAUAUUCCUGCCAUAUCUAGUCCAUAUCCUAGAAGUAGUCUUUUCCAUUAAUUAGUCACUUUGUACAGUUAAGAGUAAGGACAAGAUAGAGAUGAUCUAGAAAAGCCAGCCAGGGCGCCUGGGUGGCUCAGUUGGUUAAGCGACUGCCUUCGGCUCAGGUCAUGAUCCUGGAGUC